AUGAGUAAAAAGAUCAUUACAAUACAAGUUGGUCAAUGCGGUAACUCCAUCGGGCUUGAAUUCUGGAAAACACUUUCCACAGAACACGGAAUUGGCCCAGAUGGAGUUUUGAGAGAACCAGAAAAUACACUCGAAGAUCGUAAAGAUAUCUUCUUCUACUCAUCAGAUGAUGGCCGGUAUAUUCCGCGCGCGAUCUUGAUCGAUCUUGAACCUAGAGUUAUUAUGGGAAUUAAAAACUCAGAACUGAAAGAUUUCUUUAACGCAGAAAAUAUGUACAUCGGUGUUGAAGGUAGUGGUGCUGGUAACGUUUGGGGUACGGGUUAUGCAGAAGGUGAAGCACAUUACGAAGCAUUCUCAGAAAUUGUUCGUCGUGAAGUCGAAGUUGCCGAUGCUCUUGAAGGAUUCAUCUUUACACACUCAAUUAGUGGUGGUACAGGAUCUGGUCUUGGCUCAUUCCUUAUUGAAAAGUUAUCAGAUGAAUAUAAGAAAGCAACUACAAUUUCAUACUCAGUAUUCCCCGGUGAAGAAGAUAAAGAUGUCGUUGUUGCCCCAUACAAUAGCAUUUUAACAUUAAAGAGAUUGACAAACAAUUGCGAUGCAGUUGUUGUUCUUGAUAACACCGCAUUAGGUGCAAUUACAAAUCCAGUUACUCCUGGUGGUGUAUCCAAGAAGCGAACAGAAGGAGGAAAAACAGAAAACUCUUUCCGCGAGAUGAACAUGCUAGUUUCAAACGUUAUGGCUGCUACCACAGCAACACUCAGAUUCCCAGCAUACUCAAACAAUGAUUUAGUCUCUCUUUUAGCACCAUUAGUUCCAACACCAAAAUCCUAUAGGCUCUAUUUAUACGUCAAUGCCACUCAACAAAUCCAGCAAGUGUUUUAG